CCUUGUGGUAAUAGUUUUUUUUUUCUUUUCUUUCUAUGAAUGAAUGUAGGGAGUAAACACUGGACAACCGUCAGUCUCACUCAUCUGCAGUCUUUCAAAACUCAAUCUCAAGUGUUAAAAAAAAUAAUUGAACUGUGGCUUUGGGCUGCUGAACGUGACACGGUGAAGAACGGGACUCAUGGUGUUGACCUGGCACCGCUCAGCUAUCCCUGAUCCUCCUCCACCCAUUCACUUACUCCAGAGGCUUGGGUUGUUUGUUGCCGCGGGUUACACUUGUUGUUGAACGCAAUGUCGGAGCACAUGCAGCUGUCCCUUGCCUUGUGCAGGAUUGGGCUGUACACGUGUUUUCGGGCACUGUGCUGUAAAGGACCCCCACCGCCGAGACCAGAGUAUGAUGUGGUGUGCAUUGGCCUGACAGGUGCUGGAAAGACCAGCUUGCUCUCACGCCUCUGUAGUGAGAGCACCGAUGGCAUAGUUCCUACAACAGGUUUCAGCAUCAAAGCAGUACCGUUUCCAAAUGCCAUCUUGAAUGUAAAAGAACUUGGAGGAGCUGACAACAUCAAGAAGUAUUGGAGUCGUUACUACCAAGGAUCACAGGGUGUAGUCUUCGUACUGGAUAGCGCAUCAUCAGAUGAGGACCUGGAGGCGGCACGUAAUGAGCUCCACUCGGCUCUGCAACACCCACAGCUCUGCACACUACCUUUCCUCAUCCUUGCAAAUCAUCAGGACAAGCCUGCUGCAAGAACGCCGAACCAGAUCAAGAAGUACUUUGAGCUGGAACCGCUGGCCCGAGGAAAGCGCUGGAUCCUGGAGGGCAGCACCACUGACAGCAUGGAGGCGGUGAAGGAGAGCUUCGGUCAGUUCAUUAGCCUGUUGGAGGACAAAGACACAGAGCCGGCAAGGAUAUGAUGCUAAAGCUGCUAAUGCUAGGAGACAUUAGCGGUUAAACACCAACACAUCCUGCUGGUGCCCAUGUACAUGCGCACACAUGCGCGCGCACACACACACACACACACAAGAAAAUACAGCAGUUGUUGGUUUCUCUCUGUGAGAUGUGUAUUGUAUGUUAUCCUCCCUUCACUGCGGUCUCAUUUUUCAAAUUGGAAGAGCGUGCACAAGCGACAGUCAACUACUACAGCCUGACAGAGGAGCGCGACUGUUAAACCCACCCAGCGUAAAGCAGUUUGUCAAAAGAAAUCACUGAACUUUGCCGACAACAGAAAUCUUGUUUACUGCUGUUUGUGCCAUUGUGAUUAAAUCAAUGGCAUUUGGAAGGUAUGGCAUUCCUUUGGUCAUUAUUGAGCACUAAGACAGACACACACACACACACACACACACACAGUGGAGCCCAGGUUGUCUGUAGAUAUGUUUAACAUCUCCACUAAUUACUUUACAGGAUGUUUGGGUGGGCAUGGUUGAAGUUCCUUCCACUGAGAAGUACUGUAUGGCUGUCAAGUGUGCUUCUCCUUUUGACUCGGUAACAGCGAAUGCCAUCAUGUGAUUGGAGUGCAUAGUCCAAAGCCUUGUGUUAUGAACGGUAGUUACAUAUCGGUGUGUCACACCGUGUCUGAAUAUCUAAUCUGAAUAGUGUAGUCUGAGUAUCUCAUGGAGUAUCUUAUGUACAUGCAGACAAGUAUAUUGCUGUGUACCCUCCUGUGCAGCCAUACACAAGUACUACUAAUCAUGUGACUAGUGUUAGGUGAGUUUAUGGAGACAUUAUUCUUUCAGAGAAAGUGGAAAUGAGUUUGAAUGCUUUUGUAAAUGUGCAACUUAGGAUAUAUUUUCUAGCUCUGUAUCUUAACCUCUCAGAGCUGCAUUCAGAUUUUUUUUAUAUGUCAUACACACACGAGUCACACUUAGGAAUUUUUUCAAAUCAAAGAAGAAAAAAAGAAACAAAAAACAAUGAUUGACCAGGCUGGAUUUCUCCACAAGUAGAGAAAUGUAAUGGACUUGGUUGCUUAACACUAAAAUUGUCACUUUUGAUGAUGUUUUUGUUUUUUUACAGUAUGUUUUUUUUUUCUUUUGAAUUUGAUAUAAUCCCUUUCAGCAUUGGCUUGUGACUGCAGACUCCCAUCUGGGUGAAAUACAAACUAUCAAUCAGCCACAGCAACAGCUGCAUCUGACAAGUCGCUGUCCGACACACUAAUGCCUUCCAACUGUCUGAAGACCCCUCCCCGUCUGCUGUUUAUCACGUACCUCUGCCCCACUUCAUCCAAACCAACACUACCCCUCCACUCCUGCUCUGCUCCCUGUCUCCAUUACUGCUCAAUGGGGCUUCUUUGGCCUAGAUGAGCCAGUUCAGUGCGGCUGCCCUCAGGUGGACUCCACACCUCUUAAAAUGAGUCAUGUUCAUUGUGCCACAGGUGUGUGGUUGUCCCGAAGAUGUGCUUAUGAAUAAUGUUCACCCCUCCUCCUUCCUGCGUACUCUGUAUUGUUUGUUGUUAUUUUGAUUAGUAUUUUUGUCAGGUUUGUAGAGAUUUAACCACUUUUUGUACCUGAUGUGAGAAUGAUACAUUUGUUCGCUUGAAAGCAAAAUAAAUCUGUUGACUAGG